AUGGCCCGAACUAAGCAAACUGCCCGUAAGACCACAGGCGGUAAAGCGCCUCGAAAGACUCUGGCGACGAAAGCGGCUCGAAAAAUGGCGCCAAUGGGUAUGCAUGGAGGUAUCAAGAAACCCCAUCGUUACAGGCCAGGAACUGUAGCUUUAAGAGAAAUUAGAAAGUAUCAAAAGAGCACUGAGCUUCUGAUCCGCAAACUUCCAUUUCAGAGAUUGGUUCGAGAGAUUGCCCAGAAUUUAAAACCGGAUCUGAAAUUUCAGGGACAGGCUAUAUUAGCAUUGCAAGAAGCGGCAGAGAGCUUCUUAGUUAGCCUGUUCGAAGAUACAAACUUGUGUGUAAUUCAUGCCAGAAGAGUGACUGUUAUGCCUCGAGAUUUGCAGUUAGCCAGACGAAUAAGAGGAAACUUUAUUUAA